AUGGAUGGAUAUGAUCGAAGUUCAACAUUUACUACUAGAAAAAGAUAUAGAGACGACUGGAGCUAUGAAGAAAGUUAUAAACAUAUACAGUAUGGAACAACAGAAAUCCAGCUUAAUCGAAUGAAAAAAUAUAUUCUAACACUAGGUGAUCCAGUGAGUAUAUUAUUGGAAGUGAAAAAUGUCUAA